UCCUUUACUGAGCUAGAGUCAUGCAGUCACCACAGUAUUCAAAGGAACGAGGACUUCUUGGCAGACUGUGUGUCGGAGAGAAGAAACUAGAGGGGAAGAUCUUCUACCUGGACAAUGUGAAGAAGCGCUCAACAAUACUUCUUUUAGAGGUCAUAUCUCUUCUGGGAGGGAGGAUUGAGAGCUUCCUGCACAAAGAUGUGAACUUUGUUGUGACUGGAAGCCAAGAUGUCCUCAAGGAGGAGACAUGUUUGGUGGUUGCCAAAGGAGAUGCAAAAGGUACAAGUGAAGGCACCCAAGAGUCUAAAAGGAAGCAGGAGAGUGACCCCAGGAACGACAAGCAGAGACCAGGAACUCCUAGACCAAUGGCUUGUGGCAGUCGGGGGAAGGCUCUUCUUGAAAAAGCAAUCGGCAACAAAGAGCGUCUUCAGAGGAGCAGUCUAUUGUCUAACGCUCGAUCGUGGGGCGUGAAAAUACUUCAUGCGGACGGUAUCCUUCUGAUCAUUGUCCAGCAGAAUUACAGCGCCAGAGACCUGCAAAAGACUGGUUACACAUGA